CCCCUCAAGUGCUGACCUUCUUUAUCUAUUAAGUUAUUAUAAACUUUUGCUGCUCUGCGAACACAUAAAGAUGUCUCGCAGCCCUGAUGCUAAGGAAGACCCUGUGGAAUGCCCCCUUUGCAUGGAGCCUCUGGAGAUUGAUGACAUCAACUUCUUCCCUUGCACCUGUGGCUACCAAAUCUGUCGUUUCUGUUGGCAUCGUAUCCGCACUGAUGAGAAUGGACUUUGUCCUGCUUGCAGAAAGCCAUAUCCAGAAGAUCCAGCAGUGUACAAACCACUCUCCCAGGAAGAGCUGCAAAGGAUAAAAAAUGAAAAGAAACAGAAACAAAAUGAGAGGAAACAGAAGAUAUCAGAGAAUCGCAAACAUUUGGCCAGUGUACGGGUUGUACAGAAGAAUCUUGUCUUUGUGGUAGGGUUAUCUCAGCGCCUAGCAGACCCAGAGGUUUUGAAACGACCAGAAUAUUUUGGGAAGUUUGGUAAAAUACAUAAAGUUGUCAUUAAUAACAGCACAUCAUAUGCAGGCUCACAGGGUCCAAGUGCCAGUGCAUAUGUAACCUACAUCCGGUCAGAAGAUGCUCUCAGAGCCAUACAGUGUGUCAAUAAUGUGGUGGUAGACGGCAGAACACUUAAGGCAUCACUAGGUACAACAAAAUACUGCAGUUAUUUUCUAAAAAAUAUGCAGUGUCCAAAACCAGACUGUAUGUAUCUACAUGAGCUAGGAGAUGAAGCAGCCAGUUUCACAAAAGAAGAAAUGCAGGCGGGUAAACACCAAGAAUAUGAACAGAAACUACUGCAAGAACUAUACAAACUAAACCCCAACUUUCUUCAGUUAUCUACGGGUACAGUUGACAAGAACAAGAACAAAGUGACAGCACUGCAGAGGUACGAUGCACCCAACAGUAAUAACAAAGAUGCCUGGCCAUCAUUACAGAGUUCAAGUAAAUCAGCCAACGGCUUAACAGUGGAACACAGGAAAACGCCUCCUAUAUUAGAAAAUGGCACAGACCCAGAACACAUGACUCCAGAUGGUGCAGACUCAGAUUUCGGCCCUAUCGACAAACCUUCAGAUUCCCUCAGUAUAGGAAACGGUGACAGCUCCCAGCAGAUAACAAACAGUGACACACCUUCGCCACCGCCUGGUUUAACAAAACCCAAUCCGGUCAUACCCAUCAGUUCAUCUAACCACAGUGCACGGUCUCCUUUUGAAGGAGCUGUAACAGAAUCACAGUCGCUCUUCUCUGACAACUUCCGGCACCCUAACCCCAUCCCUAGUGGGCUUCCUCCGUUCCCCAGCUCUCCUCAGACUUCAAAUGACUGGCCUACAGCACCAGAACCACAGAGCCUCUUCACAUCAGAAACUAUACCAGUAUCUUCCUCCACAGACUGGCAAGCGGCUUUUGGGUUUGGUUCCUCCAAACAGCAAGAGGAUGACUUAGGGUUUGACCCCUUUGACGUCACCCGCAAAGCCUUAGCAGACCUGAUUGAGAAGGAACUGUCAGUUCAAGACCAACCUUCCCUCUCGCCCACAUCUCUUCAGAACCCUUCCCCACACACUACAACUGCCAAAGGGCCAGGCUCUGGAUUUCUGCAUCCUGCUGCACCCACAAAUGCCAACUCUCUCAGUAGCACCUUUCCAGUCAUGCCACAGAGGUUCCCACAGUUUCAACAACAUCGAGCAGUUUACAACUCCUUCAGUUUUCCAGGCCAAGCAGCUCGCUAUCCUUGGAUGGCCUUUCCACGCAAUAGCAUCAUGCACUUGAACCACACAGCAAAUCCCACCUCAAAUAGUAAUUUCUUGGACUUGAAUCUCCAACCACAACACAGCACAGGUCUGGGGGGGAUCCCUAUAUCAGGUAUCCCAGCCUCCACAGGAAACAGUUUAGACACCCUUCAAGAUGACAAUCCUCCACAUUGGCUAAAAUCUCUUCAGGCCCUCACAGAGGUGGAUGGCCCCAGUGCAGCACCGUCACAAACACACCACAGUAAUCCCUUCAGCACACAGAUCCCUCUGCACAGAGCCAGUUGGAAUCCCUACUCUCCUCCUUCAAACCCAACCAGUUUCCAUUCCCCACCCCCAGGCUUUCAGACAGCCUUCAGACCCCCCAGUAAAACCCCCACAGAUCUACUACAGAGCUCAGCGCUGGAUCGUCAUUAGGGAAAGGAAGAAAAAGAAAACCAACGUUAGAAAUGCAGGAAGUGUCCCACCCUGACUCCUCCCCACACCCACCUACUGUUCCCUGUCAUAUCUUUCUUUCUGAAGAAUCCAGUUCCUGAUCAAACCUCCCUCCCCCCCCCAAAUGCACUGCCAUCACAGGGUCGUGGCUGGAUCUUUUUCAUUAAGUUACUGCUGAGCCAGUGUUUGAAAUGCACUGUUGGAAAUAAUUUUCUAAACAUUCUAAGGGAGAAAAAAAAAAAAAAAGAGAGAGAAAUCAAAAUGCAGUCUCAAUGCUUAAGGAGAAUAUUACUGUCUUAGUCUUUUGCACACGAGUAUUCCUGCCUAGUGGAAAAGCGUCAGCCUACAGUAGGGGAUAAAAUUCCAUGCAGAACCAAAUGCAGAAAUACAGCAAAGGUAUUUAAUUUAAUUGAAGUUACUGAGCAUGUGGGGCGAGCAGUGGCCUACCAUUUAUUUAGCAUUCAGUGUGGCAUUACACAGGGAAAUUGCUGGGUUGUAGUUUUGUUUUCCUGCUCAGAAAUGAGGCCUUUGCGUCACUCCGUCAGAGGUGCGAUGCGAGGCGCGUUGGAAACCAGAACUCUUAUAGCGCUGAGUAAACGGCGUGUUGCUGAAGAGUGGUUUAGAGACAGGAGAAUUAAGGUGUUCUUUUCUUUUUUGGUCUUUAAUUUUGGCUUUAGAUUUCAAGUAAACUUUUAAUGUUUUAAAAGUAUUCACAGAUUUAAUACCUAGCGUAUACAUAAGGUAAUUAUAAGCAGCUGAAACACGAGUGAUAUUUACUUCAGUCUUUCUGUCUCCUCUGUCGAUCUCUCUCUUUUUUUUUUUUUUU